UUCCUCUGCCAGCGAUUGUCACUGGUGGUGCUGCGAGAACGGAUCGCCGUUGCUCACGGAGAGUAGUUGACUCAGCGAGGAUCCGCAAACUCUUUUCCUUGAGAGUAGAGCUCAAUCCCUCGAAUCGAAAAUGCCUCGUGAGCACAACAUCCACACACGACACACAGAAAGCUCCGAUGAAGAUAAAGAGGACGUCGAACCGGUCGUGGAGGAGUGCAACCUCCAGGCGGGCAGCUCGCAGAGCUCAUCUAUGGAUGGCUACCGAUCGAGAUCUCGCUCGAGUAGCCGUUCCCCCAGUCCGAAACGCCGACGGGAACACAGUCGGAGAAGGAACCGAGACAGCGCACCUAUGUACGAUAAAAACCUUAGGGAUCGAAGAGAGAGGCGGUCGCCCGAUCGGAGGAAAUACAGUAGGCGAGACGAUUCUAAGGACGGGGACCGAGGUCGGAGUAGACGAGGACGCGACUAUGCAGUCGCGUACCGGCCCAUUGCUCCGCGAUACGACCCAACAGUUGUACGAUAUCUGUUCAAAGCUCGUUUCUUCAUGAUCAAGUCGAACAAUUAUGAAAAUGUCGCACUUUCGAAAGCGCGAGGAGUCUGGUCGACGCCCCCCCAGAAUGAGGCCAAACUCAACCAAGCUUUCCGAGAGUGCAAAAAUGUCAUCCUGGUGUUUAGCGUCAAGGAAUCGGGUCGCUUCCAAGGUUUCGCCCGACUAGCUUCGGAAUCUCGGCACGAUAUCCCGCCAAUCAAUUGGGUCCUUCCCCCGGGACUGAGUGUUCGGGCUCUUGGAGGUGUUUUCUAUGUUGAUUGGAUAUGUCGGAAGGAAUUACCGUUCAUCAAAUGCCAACAUCUCUAUAAUCCUUGGAACCAGGGGAAACCGGUGAAAAUCGGGCGUGAUGGACAAGAGAUCGAACCAAGAAUGGGAAAGGAACUAUGCCAACUGUUCCCGGUGGACGACGGAGUCGAUCUCAUAGACAUUAUCAAGAGAGCGAGAGCUGAGCGGGAACGUUACAAACGGAAGUUGGACGUCUCCAGUGAAAAAGAUGAGACCGAGGACCGGAAACGGACGAGACGACGGAGUAGGGAUUGA